AUUUAUUUAAUUUUAUUCACCUAUUUGGAUUGUGAUAUAUAUUGGAUUUAUUUUGCACAAAACUGAUCCAACCUCAGAGGACAACAUGAGAAAAGUAAUUUCAGUGUUCUGGAAGUGACAAUUGCUUUACAGUAAAGUCCAACCCAUGUAUACAUAAGAGGAGUCAUUUCAAGCGAUUUCUUGUUUGGAACGUGACAAAGAUUUUACAAUGGAGGCAAAACAUAUCACACACCAGAAGGUCCACACUGAAGAGAAGCCAUAUCAGUGUUCAGAAUGUGAUAAAACUUUUAAACAGAGGGAUCACCUUGUCAUACAUGAGAGGGUCCACACUGGAGAGAAGCCAUAUCAGUGUUCUGAAUGUGAUAAAGCUUUUAGACAUAAGUCAUAUCUUAUCACACACCAAAGGAUCCACACCGGAGAGAAGCCAUAUCAGUGUUCUGAAUGUGACAAAGCUUUUACACAGAAGUCAAAUCUUAUCAUACACCAGAGGAAUCACACUGGAGAGAAGCCAUAUCAAUGUUCUGAAUGUGAUAAAACUUUUAAAUGGAGGGGACACCUUGUCAUACAUGAGAUGAUUCAUACUGGAGAGAAGCCAUAUCAGUGUUCAGAAUGUGACAAAGCUUUUACACAGAAGUCAGAUCUUAUUGCACACCAUGGGGUUCACACUGGAGAGAAGCCAUAUCAGUGUUCUGAAUGUGAUAAAACUUUUAAACGGAGGAGACACCUUGUCAUACAUGAGAGGGUUCAUACUGGAGAGAAGCCAUAUCAGUGUUCUGAAUGUGAUAAAACUUUUAAAUGGAGGGGACACCUUGUCAUACAUGAGAGGAUUCAUACUGGAGAGAAGCCAUAUCAGUGUUCAGAAUGUGACAAAGCUUUUACACGGAAGUCAGAGCUUAUAGCACACCAGAGGGUCCACACUGGGGAGAAGCCAUAUCAAUGUUUGAAAUGUGAUAAAACUUUUAAACGGAGGAGACACCUUGUCAUACAUGAGAGGGUUCAUACUGGAGAGAAGCCAUAUCAAUGUUCUGAAUGUGAUAAAACUUUUAAACGGAGGGAACACCUUGUCAUACAUGAGAGGGUUCAUACUGGAGAGAAGCCAUAUCAGUGUUCAGAAUGUGAUAAAACUUUUAAACGGAGGGAUCACCUUGUCAUACAUGAGAGGGUCCACACUGGAGAGAAGCCAUAUCAAUGUUCAGAAUGUGAUAAAGCUUUUACACAUAAGUCAUAUCUUAUCACACACCAAAGGAUCCACACCGGAGAGAAGCCAUAUCAGUGUUCUGAAUGUGACAAAGCUUUUACACGGAUGGCACAUCUUAUCACACACCAGAGGAUCCUCCACACUCGAGAGAAGCCAUAUCAAUGUUCAGAAUGUGACAAAGCUUUUACAGGUAAUGCCGGGCUAAUCUGUCACCAGAGGAUUCACAAGCUUGAGCUGCAUAAAUGAAAAUCCAGAAGAUUGGACAAUAUUAAAGAAGUUAAAGCUGUCUCAUUAGGUUCACAGCCCCAAUGUCUUCCCAAAACGACGGAAGACAUA